UCCUGUCUUGCUGCCGGAAGUGGCCUUCGGUACGGUUUCUCCUUAGAGGGGAAAAUGGCGCUCGACGUUCGGGGGAUGGAAGACGGCGAGCUCUCCGAGUCGGAUUCUGACAUGGCGGACACGAAAGUACCAGAUGGCAAUAUAUCAUUCAGGCCUUUCCAGAGCAGCAUUGCAGUCUCUCCAGUAUCACAUUAUCGAACUAUUAAGGGCGUAGAAUCAAGUGAGGAAAGCUUUUCUGAUUCCGACGAUGACAGCUGUCUUUGGAAACGAAAGAGACAGAAAUGUUUUAAUCCUCUUCCCAAACCGGAGCCUUUUCAGUUUGUACAGAACAAUCAGAAACAGCAUAUUCUGGGAGGGAGGAAGAUUAACAACAUAUGGGGUGCAGUGCUACAGGAACAGAGUCAAGAUGCAGUGGCUAAUGAACUUGGUAUACUGGGAAUGGAGGGCAACAUUGACAAAAGCAGACAGUCAGAGACUUACAAUUAUUUGCUGGCUAAGAAGAUAAUGAGGGAAUCGAAAACCGAAAAACUAGAUAAAGAGUUAGAUGAAUAUAUGCAUGAUGACAAAAAAGCCGGUCCUAAAGAAGAAGAAAAUGGACAAGGUCAUAUGAAACGGAAACGACCUAUCAAAGACAGACUAGGAAACAGAUUAGAAAUGAACUAUAAAGGUCGAUAUGAGAUUACAGAAGAGGAUCCUGAAGAAAAAGUAGCAGAUGAAAUUUCUUUCAGGCUUCAGGAACCAAAGAAAGAUCUGAUAGCCCGAGUAGUAAGAAUAAUUGGAAACAAAAAAGCAAUUGAGCUUCUGAUGGAAACUGCAGAAGUUGAACAAAAUGGUGGGCUUUUAAUAAUGAAUGGUAGCAGAAGAAGAACACCAGGUGGAGUGUAUCUGAAUCUUCUGAAAAACACACCAAGCAUCACUGAGGGACAGAUUAAGGAAAUUUUCUAUGUUGAAAACCAAAAGGAGUAUGAAAAUAAAAAAGCUGCUAAGAAAAGGAGAAUACAAGUCUUGGGGAAAAAGAUGAAGCAGGCUAUUAAAGGUCUUAAUCUUCAAGAAUAUGAUGAUGCAUCUCGAGAAACUUUUGCAAGUGACACAAAUGAGGCAUUGGCUUCUCUGGAUGAUUCCCAGGAAGGAAAUGGAGAAAGAAAGUUAGAUGCAGAAGAAACCUUUGAGAUUGAUCAUUCUCUUGAUUUGGAGGUCUUUUAA